ACGGAGAGAGCAACUAGUUCUUCUUCUAUAUUUGGCGCUUCAUUAGGCCAAGCGAACCAAGUCGCCUGCCUUAAUCACUAGUACUAAAAGUUAAAAUGGAAGGCAUUUCACCAUUACUCUUAGCAAUCUCAGUUGUUGCAUUCACAAGUCUCGCAGCUAUAGCAUUCAAAGUGGUAAAUUGGGUUUGGUUGAGGCCUAAGAAGUAUGAGAAGUACCUAAAUGAACGAGGAUACCAUGCGAAUCCAUACAGGCUUUUACGAGGUGACAUACUUGAGUAUGCAGCCAUGGGUGAGGAGAAUAGGCUCAAGCAGAUCAAAGCGUCUGAUAAUGUCUCCUUCCAUGCUCUACCGUACAUCCAUAGCAUUAUCAAGAAACAUGGUAAAAAAGCAUUUAUUUGGUUUGGACCAACACCAAGCAUACAAAUGACUGAUCCGGAACAUAUCAGGGAGAUUAUGUCCAAGCCUAAUGUAUUUCAUAAGAUGCACCCUGACCCCCUUGCUGAUACAAUCCUUGGCGGACUCCUAAGCUCUGAGGAUCCGAAAUGGUCCAGAGAUAGACGAAUAAUGAGCCCUGCUUUCCACUUGGAAAAGUUAAAGACUAUGCUUCCAGCAAUUCAACAAACUUGUGAUGAGAUGAUCAAGAAAUGGGAAAUGCUAGUCUUGGAGACGGGUUCAGCAGAAUUUGAUGUCUUCCCGAAUCUUCAAGAUCUGUCUGGCGAUGUCAUUUCUCGGACAGCAUUUGGCAGUAAUUACAAAGAAGGAAGAAGAAUCUUUAUCCUCCAGAAGGAACAAAUAGAUCUCUUUCAUCAACUUCUUAAAUUUGUUAUCAUCCCGGGAUGGAGGUAUCUUCCUCUUAAAGCAAACAAGAGGAUGAACACAGUCUGCAAAGAAAUACAUACUCUACUAAGGGGUAUCAUUAGCAAACGGCAGAAGUCAAUGGAAAUGGGUGAAGUUGGAAAUGAUGACUUGUUGGGUAUUCUGUUGAAAUCUAAUUCUGUAGAAAUUAAAGAAAAUGGUAUCGGAAUGGAUAUUGAAGAGGUGAUAAAAGAGUGCAAGCUAUUUUAUUUUGCUGGUUCGGAGACAACCUCAAAUCUGGUUGUUUGGACCUUAAUUAUGCUGAGUAUGCAUCCAGAAUGGCAAGCUCGUGCAAGAGAAGAAGUUGUUCAAGCUUUUGGCAGCAGAACACCUGACUUUGAUGGACUAAAUCAUCUCAAAAUUGUAACUAUGGUUCUACAAGAAGUCCUAAGGUUGUAUCCACCUGUACCUCUUUUUACCCGAUCACUCCCAAAAGAUGCAGAACUAGGUAAAAUUGUUCUUCCGGGUGGAAUAAUAAUUGCAGUUCCAGUAAUCCUGCUUCACCAUGAUCCUGAUAUAUGGGGCAAGGAUUCGCUUGAAUUCAGACCAGAGAGGUUCUCAGAGGGAGUUUCAAGCGCGACAAAGGGCAAAUAUUCUUACAUUCCAUUUGGAGGGGGUCCACGAGUAUGCAUUGGGCAAAACUUUGCAAUGGUUGAAGCCAAAUUGGCACUGACAAUGAUUUUACAACGCUUUCAGUUUCAACUUUCUCCGUCUUAUGUUCAUGCUCCUUUCCCAAUUGUAACUCUGCAACCGCAAUAUGGAGCGCCACUAGUUGUGCAUCAGCUCUAGCACGGUUCUCAGCAGCUCAUUCAUUAAUAUUAAAUGUGUUUCAGUGCGCUGUAA